CUGCUUUCUGUCAAUCUUGUUCCAGAUUCGGCCAUAACAUCUCUGGAUGUCCUUGGGCUUCCAAAAAAUUGGGCCUCAAACCACUGAUUUCUGCAAUUGAUUGUGACCCUGUUGAUGUUUUUGCGAUUGCCCCGGUUAUAGAUAGUGUUGUUGGUUUUUCUGGUUUGGCAAUCCCUUUUGAUACUCAUGAAAUGGCUCCCGGUAUAGAUACCCCUACUACUAAUGCUUUAACAACUCAUGUUGACGCAACAGAACAUGCUGUGAAGCGGGAUGUGCUAGUUUCUGAUGCUCAACGUCCUGGUUUUGCUGCUCCUUAUGCCGCUGACCUUACAGUUAAUGGGAGUAACGCCCAGGGUUGUCUAGAAGUAUCUGAUCCCUCACCCUCCAAUUAUGCUGUCUAUACUAAUGGUGUUCCUUUUGAGAACAUAGAGAAUGGGGUUACUUCACAAAACUGCUCUGAACUAGUUGCCCAGGUUGAUUUGAGUCCCUCAUUCCUAGUUGAUUCACUCAAAAACGAUAACACAGUUGCUCUCCUUCAUGAUUUUGUUGCACAGAUUGAUAACGAGCAUACUGAUAUUGAUGCCGAGGAUGUAUCUGUUCUAGUUGAGGCUGGUUGCAAGGCCCCUGGAACAGAACAUAUCUCAAACUUUGUUGCCCUAGUUGAUAUUUUGCCAUAUACUGAAAUCGUUUCGCCUGCUGAAACAGAAGUGGGAAAUGAAGAACCUAGUUCAGAUCCCUCUUUUGUAACUCACAUGGAUUGUACUACACCUGAUCCGCCGAUGUCCGAUGAUGAUAUUUUAUCUGAGGACACCCCUAUUAUUACUAAUCUUGCUCUUUCAGGUCCUCCACCGAAUGAGGAACAAAAUGGCUUUACACAGGUGAAGACAAGGAAAAAUAAAAUCAAUUGCACGAAGCCUCUGAACGGAACACCUGAAGGCCCAGGACUCUUCUACGAGGUGGGCUACUCUUCACACCCCAUGAUCACAAGAAGUCAAUCCAAAUAUCCUCAACAUGAAGACGACUAUUACAUUUACCUAGUAGAUGCGAGCCUGGAUUCUCCACAAAAACUUGCUGCGGCACUCCAGCGUUACAAAUCUUCUCGCCCGGAAGAAAAGACCUAUCAACACCAUCUCUGAAAGGCAAUUCAAUUUCACAACAGAUAUAACAGAUCCAUUUCAUCUACAGUUGGGAUCCCCUUUAAGAACUUCAACUGUUAAUUUCCUGUUUUUUUAAAUUUUCACUUCUGCUUUCAUUUGUACGUUUGUUUUCUUGUAACCUCAACUUUAACUUUUAUUAAUAAAUUAGGGUAGUGUUCCCCGGCACUCCCACCACGGCAUGUGGUUAUCUACGGGAUUAAAA